AUGAGCAAUUCACAAUCGUGGACCGAUGAAAGUGGUACGACAUCAACAAAUUCUAGUGAAGAUCAAGAGAAAAGUGAUUCGAACAAUUAUUCUACAGAAAAUAAAGACAAUAGAAAAGAAACAAAUAGAGAUUUAUACAAAAUAUGUUCUGAACAAAUUAUUGUUCAUCGUUGGUUUUUAUCCGAUAUUCAAUCUUUAAACAAUCAAAAACAAGAUUUCUAUCAACAAUCGAGUCCAUUUGGCUGUACUGGUGAAAAUGGACUUUUGCAUUGGAUUAUCCGCUUCUAUCCCAGAGCAUCAAAAAAUAAAAAUUCAUUUUGUUUUAUCAAUCAUAAUGAAUGCUGUGAAAAGGCAGGUAAUAAUAGUGCAUUGAAUGAAGUUUCAAAAAAUGACGAAAAUACACGUCAAACUUUACUCAAUACGCUUCGAAAUAUGAUAAACAACAAACAAAAUCAGACUUCAUUGUCAUAUAUAGAAGCUCUUAAUCAAUUACUCAAUGAAAUUUUACUAAAACCAAUAUCAAAUAUUGAACAAACAAUAACAACAACGAACGAAAACGAUGAGAAAGUAAUAUCAUCAAAAGAAACAGUUCACAUUCCGAUAUUAAAUCAUGAUAUAUUAAAAACUUUACCACAAUAUUCAAUUACAACAAGUGAAGAAGAAUCAUUGUCAAAUGUUAAGUCAUAUUGUGCAUUUGAAAUUCUAAAAAUAAAUGAAUAUGAACAAUCUUCUCAAACACUCUUUGAAACUAACUAUCAAGCUGAUGAUGGUAUUUUAAAUCAAUUAAAAACUGAAGGUCGUCAUCAAGUACAUUUUAAUCGAGCAUUGAUUAUCUUACCUCAUGAUACAAUCUUCUCUAUUUCGUCAAAUAAUAUUUUGUUUUCGAUCAAAUUAAUUAUCUAUGAAUGUUCAUCAACAAUUAAUAAUUGGCAAUCUAUGUCUUAUAACAAGAAAAUUCUUAAAAAUCUAUUCUUUGAACAACCUCUUCAUUCGAAUAUAUCAAGUGGUGAUGCCAAUGGAUUUUAUAAUCAUCCUAAUUCUAUGAUAGAAUUAUCUAAUGGCAAUAUAUUUUGGCAUAUGUCAAUGCAAAAGCUAUUUACUGAUAUAAUUAUUUAUUCUUCAGAUGGUCAAGAAUUUCAUGUACAUCGUCUUAUACUAUGUACAUCAUGUGAAAAAUUUGCCGAACUUAUUUCUAUGAAUCAACAAAUGAAUAAAAUUCAAAUAGAUUUUGUUAAUGGUAUUAUUCUUAAACGUAUUUUAAAAUAUAUUUAUACUAAUGAAAUUGAAAUAUGUAUUGGAGAAUUUUCAAUUGAUGAAAUUCGUGAUUUAUUAAAUGCAGCUGAUUUACUUGGAUUAUUUCAAUUGAAAAAUAUUUUAACAAAAAAAUGUCUGAAUCAUGUAACACAAAAAAAUUGUUUUGAACUAUUACAAUUAGCAGAUGAUAAACAAAUGAAAAUACUUAAAAAUCGUGUGCUUACAUUUUUAUGUCAGCAAUAUCCGCAGGUAUAUAUUAUGAGAUAA